AUGUUCAGACCUAUUUUCCGCGGAGUUCCAAAGAUUUCGAGAUCGAUCAUAGCCCAAAGUUCGAUUAGCACUCGAAUUGCAGCUCCCAGGGUGUCUACCCUUCGUUUUUACUCAUCAUCCCUAAACAAGGAUGAAAUUUCCAAGAGGGUUAUUGAAGUUGUGAAAGCUUUUGACAAGACCACAGCUGCUGCAAAUGUGACCAGUAGCUCCUCCUUUUCCAAGGACUUGGGUCUAGAUUCUCUGGACACCGUAGAACUUCUGGUGGCAAUUGAAGAAGAGUUUGAUAUUGAGAUUCCAGACAAGAUUGCUGACGAAAUCAAGAGUGUGCAAGAAGCAGUUGAUUACAUUGCCUCCAAUCCGGAAUCAAACUAA